GUUGUUUUAUACGGCACAUGUUGAUUACUAGAUAGCGUAAACUUUUACGAUACGGAAGUGAAAUAAAGUAAAAACCAAAACAAAAAGGAGCAAUUCUGUUAGUAAAAUUCUUUAGGUUUGAAAAAAGAAAAGUAAAAGUAGAGAGAUUGUGAUCAUAAACCUUAAUGAUUAUGUUUAAGCAAGCAUCUUUGCAGUGCAACCACAUGCAAAAGGCUUUUAGGGUUAACUAAAGCAGUAGCCAAUUAGCCAACUCUGGUGUGAUAUCUCUAGUCUCAUCUUCAUGAGACAAAAGAUAGGUCCCCCUCCUCUAUCUGAUCCAACAACCCAAACUCCAAACUCUUCUCUCUCUAACAUUAGUAGUGCCCAACAAACUCCAUUUACCUUCAGCUUCAAGGCUCAUCAUCAUUACAACUUUCCAGUUCAGCUAAUUUUACUAGUAGGACAGUGACAUAAAGACAGCCAGAGAAUGGACCCGAGCUUCAGCAGCAGCAGAAGAAGAAGAAUUGGAGGAACCGUUGUUGCUGCAGGCUCUGUUUGGGAAACGAGAAUGCAGAGCGACGACGAAGUUUGUAACAGUAAAGCCAUUGUCAUUCAUGCCUCUGGCGAAGACAAGUCUUGUGACAAGCAAAUGAUGAGCUUAAAGGAUGAAGCUUUAGGGGUUAAUGGAAAGAGACGGACUUGGAAGUCAAGAGCUUCGGAUGUGAAGAACCCAUCAUCGGUUGAGAUUGGUCGAGCCAAUUCUAUGAAGCUUACGAGGCCGAGAUCAAUUGGUACACCUCCGAUGACGCCGAGGAGAUCGAUUUCUAGCGACGAUAAGAGCCCCAAUGUGUCGGUGGUGAAGAAGGUGAGAUCUGAAUCUGUGGAUGGGAUUGAGAAGACUACUCCGGGUCGAGUUAAGAAGACCCGAUCGGAGCUCUGCACGGCGAUCGUCAAAGCCGGUGAAUUUGAUUCAGUUGCGUUGAGGAAAGUGAAUUCAUUGCCAUCACCAAAUUCUGAUAAGAAAACAGAGCAUGUUGUAGAUUCACCGAAAGAGGAAACCGUUAACGAGAAUUCGAAGAUCCCAGAGGAAGUUAAGGAGUUCGGUGUUUGUCAGGAGAUAAUUGUAUCUACUAAAUCUAACGUUGACGAGCAGAUCGAAAAUGGCGAUCACGAGGAAGAAGAAGAAGAAGAGCGAGAAGAGGAGGAGGAGGAGAGAGAAGUAGAGAAGAAGAGUGUUGAUGUGAAAGAGAUGAAUGUAGCGAAGGAGAACAGAGUUGGUGGUGUUGAGAUUAGCAGCAAGUUCAGUCAAUUUCAUAACAGAACAGCUCCAUCUCCGUCGUCUGUCCGUAAAAUUUCACCUCCGGUGAUCAAAAAGGCUACUCCCGUUUAUUCGGUUCCACCUCCCAGCACAGAUAGUUUUGCAGAGGAAGAAGAACACUUUACUCAGUCACAUAGCAAAUUGCAGAGUCUGGUGGAUCUGGUGAUGUGGAGAGAUGCAUCAAGGUCGACGUUGGUGUUUGGCUUCGGGACAUUCCUCAUAAUCUCUUCUUCCUACGCCAAUGAUCUCAAUUUCAGCUUCAUAUCAGUCGUAGCCUACAUGGGACUCAUCUAUCUGGGAGUCAUGUUCGUAUUAAAAUCACUGAUCUACAGGGGAGUGGUGGAGGAGAGGCAAAAAAUAGUUGGAGUGAGAGAGGAAGAUGUGAAGAGGAUGCUCAGACUUAUAAUGCCUUACCUCAACGAGUCUCUCUUUCAACUCAGAGCACUUUUCUCUGGCGAUCCCUCCACUACUCUCAAGAUGGGAGUGGUGCUAUUCGUCUUGGCCAGGUGUGGCUCUUCCAUCACUCUUUGGAACCUAGCCAAAUUUGGCUUCUUGGGAGCAUUCACAGUGCCUAAAAUAUUCAUCUCCUACUCAACCCACUUCUCAGCUUACGGAAACUUCUGGAUGAGGAGAUUCAGGGAUGCAUGGGAAUCAUGCAAUCACAAAAAGGCAGUGGCUUUGGCACUCUUCACCCUCGUAUGGAACCUCUCCUCCGUCACUGCUCGUGUAUGGGCAGCAUUCAUGUUAUUCGUUGCUUUAAGAUACUAUCAGCAGAAGAUGAUUUGGAAGACUGAUCAAAAUGAAGAUACUGAUGAUGAUGAAAAUAUAGAAGAAGACGAAGAAGAAGAAGAAGAAAAAGAAGUACAAGUCCCUAAAUUCAAAAGAGCUCCUCAUAUGAUGAUGCCUAAUAAACUCAAGAAAAUUUCUUAAAUUUCCUUCUUUUUGUUCCUCCCAUAUAUAAACAACAUACUGUAAUGUUAAUCUCUUUAGUUUUUAGUUAGGGCUCCUCAAUCUGUUACUUUACUUCUCUAUACACAGCUUUCUAUACAGUUAAUAAUGUGAAGCUCAUCUUCUUCUUAUAA